AUGUCUGGUGGAGAGAUCCGGCUCGUCAUCACACUGUGUGCCUCAGAUGACCUGCAAGGCGAAGCCUUUGGCGCGAAGGUUACACCUUGGCUGAAGGUACCCACCGAUGAGGCGCCACAGUGGAAGGCCAGGGAAGCCUUGUUUGCUGUGCCUAUGGAGCGGUGCUUUGAGGCGACCUUCGUUGACUCGGCUCAUUUGCAAAUUGCUUUGAUGCAGAAGGGUCAUGCGAGCCCUCAAGAGCGGCCUAACAAGUCGAUGGCCCAGCAAGUGGGAUCACUAGGAUUUUCAGCUUUGCAAGGGGGCUUGUCAGCCUUGCGAGUCGAAUCCUUUCCUUUGGGAUCUGCAGUUAAUUUGGGUUUUGAACGUCAGAGUCAAGGUGGUGAGAUGAUCGGCAUCUUAAAGAUUCCGGUGGGCCGUCGAUUGGCAUGCGGACAAGGAGGGAAUGAUGGAGCUCAAUGGGUGCAAUUGCAAAAGAAUGAAACUGUGAAGGGAAGUCUUCUCUUGGAGCUCGCAACCGACGAGCACCUUGAGGCAAUGGCAGCGGCUGUAAUUUCACCUGUUGUGCCCACUGCAUCCUUUGCCCCCGCAGUGUACUCUGCGCCCGCUGCGCCGUUGGGCCCCACUUCGCCUUCACACAGGGAUGCGAUCCAUAGCCCAGAGCGUUCGGGCUCAGAGAUCCGUGAGUCCUCGCCAAUCACUUCAAGCCAAAGUGGACAGGGAUCUCGGAGCGCAUGCCAGUCAGACUCUGAGAGUGGGACUCGGGAUGGUCUUGGUGAGCACUCUGACGGCCCAGAGUUUGAGGCAGGCAGUGUCAGAAGUGCCGAAGAAGAGGCUUUCUUGAAGUCCUUGAGUGCAGAAUCCAACAAAGUCUUGCUGGAGAUGAGCCAGGCCAAGCCUUCAGCACCUCGGGAGUGGCGGCCAAGGGCUUCUCCCACGACACAGUCGGAAGACAAUGUCAACAUUUUUAACAUCAACGAGUCCGGUCGAGGAUCAAGCGUUGGGCGAUGGCUGAAGUGGUCAACAGCGCCUGUCAGGUUGUCCUCUUUGCGCUCUGCACUGGAUCCUGGCGUGCGUCAACAGAGAAAGGAGGUGCGAAAAUGGCGCCAGUGGCAUGAGGUUUUCUGCGUGCUGAAUGCGAUAGAGCAUCAUUUGAGUGAGAUCAUGUCUGGACUGCGGCAGGCUGAGGCUUCAAUGAGACGCUUUGGCCAAAGUCAUGGUUCGGAAGCUCUUCGCGAACCAUCCAGAUUGCCAGCUUUUCUUUGUGACGCAGCACUUUACUACCAGAGUGAAGCAGCUGUUCCUGCACAUUUAGAGGACCAGCUUUCCCAAUUGGAAGCUCUUGCAGAUGAGUUCCGGGGGAUCUCAUUGGAACCUGACGUGAACACCCCUCGGCCGGAGAGUGAGGAUCUGAGGGUAGACAUCGCCGUGCUUCUCGAAAGCCUCAUCAUGGGUAGCUACCAGGCAUUGGCCGAGUACAAAAAGAUGCACUGCAGAUUAGAACUCGUGGCCAAAGAAUACGAACCUUUGUGCCGUUUGGAGGUUGACAAUGCUUCCAAGACUUUUCUGCCCCUUUUGGUGGAUGUCCCAGUCCCAGCUGUACUUCCGGAACAGGCGGUGCAGUGGGCUGAAGACUUCUCCCAGUUGGUUGGCAACGCUUCAGUGAUGUUAACAGCUCUAGUGCGAGAGCUGCAAAGUCGCAAGGGGCACUUGGGCAGCUCUUUAAGUGAGCUGCGCUCGCUGCUCUUAAGACAUGCUGCAGGCGACUAG